ACGCUGAUUGAGGGAGACAUCAUUGCAAUGAGUCAUCUGAUCAAGGAGAGGAAAAUCACUUUCCCGCAACGACAGUCUCUCGAUCAGGAUGAGCUACGGACAAUGAUCAUUGAGACUGUUCAAUCGAAGGCUCUCUUCCCAAACAUCUUCAGCCGCUCCCGGCAGCAGCCGCGAACUUCAAGUCCGCAGUUUGGGAACGGAGCCAGCAGCCUGGUCGACAUGGAGGAAAGCAAGUCACGUCGUGGCGGCAAACUUUUCAUUGCUUCCUCCCAGAACGAGAGCAUGCAUCCCCGCAGCACGGGGAAGGUUCGAUACGUGAGGGAGAAGAGCCUGUCGCAUGCAGAGGCGUCACAGUGGAUCGUUGGAGGUCCUCCUCAGCGGCCUCUCCUCCCCAAGUUGGGGAUCGGUCGCCUGCACGCGGACUCGUUCUACAGCAGCCACUUGCCAGUCCCUCUCACAGACUACAACUACACCUCACCGGAGGUCAGGCUGAAGUCGCACUCCAAGAUCGUUGACUUUCAAUCCUCCGUCUCCUUGCGGUCUCCUGAGACGGUCAAGCCGCCAAGGGCCUCCUCGCUCGCGUUCGCGGACCUCGUUGCUCAAGGAGACUACAGCAAGGAGCGGACGUCGAGGAAGAGCUUCAAGGAGACGGCUGUUCGAAUCAGCCACUUCAAGAGCAUCAUGAGCGCAAGUCGCUGAAGGGACCAACGAGUCCAUGUACACUACCAAUAGAAUGUUGAGUAAAGAAUGUUUUCAUAC